CAUCAUCACACUUUCUGCCCACUUUGACCCAUGCUCGAAGCUCAAAAUGUCUCUGAACCAACUGAUCGUCAAAUACUUUUGGGAUACCACUGGGUAGAUAAGGGAAGGAAAUAUAAUGAACUCUAGUUUAUACUAUCAUCCAAAUUCACCUGCUCAGUAUGUAAAUGAAACUCAUAUUUAUAGUCUACCAAAAGUGGUUAAGCACACUGAAACUAAAGCAUACCUUAGAGGCCUUCAGCUAGUAGUCAAAGAUCACUUCUCCGCAGCUGAUCAUGUUAUGCAAGGAAGGUUAAUGCAACUCCACGCCCUCGGCAUCUCCAUCGAGCCCCACAUGACCGCCACCGCCACAUCCAUCGAGAGCGAGCUAACAAAGAUGAUCGGCGCCACCAGCUCGAGGGUCUUCGUUGUCAUGCAUUGCUCUCUCGAAUUCGCUGCGAUCUUGUUUGAGAAAGCUCGGGUUUUGGGAUUGAUGGAGAAGGGCUUCGUCUGGAUCGUGGCGGAGGAGAUCUCGAAUCUUCUAGAUUCCGCCGAUUCAUCACUUCUACUCAACAUGGAAGGAGUUCUUGCCAUAAAAUCAGAUUAUUCAACUAAUCACAACAAUAUCAAAGCGUUUAAAUCCAAAUUCAAAAGAAAAUAUGAAUCCAGUUUUCCAUCAGAAGAAAAUCCGACGCGAGCAUUUACGCCCUCCGCGCCUACGACGCCCGUCUCGCAAAAGCCGGUUUUCCACAUUGUGAAUGUGACCGGUAAGAGCUACAGAAUAGUGGCGGUGUGGUCGCCGGAGUUGGGUUUCUCCGGCGAUCAGCUGCGUUCGAUCUUUUGGCCUGGCAGAGAGCGGUUGUUUCCGAGAGGGUGGAGCUUGGGAGCAGAGAGAGGCCGUUGA